GGCUGUAACUAAAUACUCAGGUGAGAAAUAACACAUAAAAACGACGUACACCUUAGGAGAGCCAGUUUUUGUUCAACGCAUAUCCCAAGUUUUUAUGUCGGAUGGGUGUGAUGUCAGAAAGUGAGAGAUUGAAACAGACACUUUUGAAACGGGGAGAACUCUUCGAAGACCCCGAGUUCCCAGCAGUCCAAUCUUCAAUUUUUUAUCACCAGGCUCCUCCUUUGCAGUUUGUAUGGAAAAGGCCUAAGGAAAUUUGUACCGAUCCUAUUUUUGUUCUCGAUGGUCCCAAUCAACACGACAUCACUCCUGGAAGGCUUGGCGACAGGUGGUUUGUGGCCUGUAUCGGAUGUCUUUCCAUAACCAAGGGCUUAUUCUAUCGUGUAGUACCAGCCGAUCAGAAUUUUCUUCCCAGUGAUUACGCUGGCAUAUUUCGCUUCCGUUUCUGGUGGUCGGGAGAAUGGAGAGAAGUGGUAAUAGAUGACCGACUUCCGACCGUCAACAACAAACUCGUGUUCGUUCACUCGCAGCAUAGCAACCAGUUUUGGGCAGCUCUUUUGGAAAAAGCCUAUGCUAAACUGCAUGGAUCCUACGAAGCACUUAAGUAUGGAUGCUCUCUCGAUGGAAUGGUAGACUUGACUGGUGGAGUGACGGAAAGUAUCAGCGUCCGCCAUGAUUCCACAGCUUGUGGAAGAAUCCUCUCUAAGCUUCUCAGUAUGACUGAUAUUGUGACAGCAGUAGUAUACCAGCAGACGCAGAUGGCUGUUGAAAAGGUAGAGCUAGUGAAUGGUGAUCAAAUUCAGCUGGUAAGACUGAGAAAUCCACUUGGAACCAGCUCAGACUAUGUGGGAAGUUGGUCUGAAAACUCAUCAGAGUGGAAUGAAGUUUCAUCAGAAGAAAAACAAAUAAUAAUGUACAGAUCAUUUGGUGAUGGAGAGUUCUGGAUGAACUAUCAAGACUUUGUGAAAACUUUUUCCACAUUAGAAGUUGUAUAUCUCGACACUGAAACCAGUAAGGAUGAGCCCACUUUUCGAACUAAGACCCCAUGGCACAUGAAGCUUUGUCAUGGACACUGGCUUCGGGGAGUAUCUGCUGGUGGAUGCAGAAAUAAUGCAGACACCUUUCAUGCAAAUCCACAAUAUCAGCUGAUUCUGUCAGACACUCAAGAGGUUUUGAUUUCUCUCAACCAGCAUUCUGUUCUUGAGCCCAAAGUAAUUGGAUUUAGUCUCUAUCAGAUGUCCAAAUCUUCUUGUGAAAUGCUAGGAAGAUCAUUUUUUAAGAAGAUAAAGUCACUGGUGAACUCCCAGUAUAGCAACAGUAGACAGAUAUCUAUGAAAUGUCAUCUUGAGCAAGGUGGUUAUGUACUUAUACCAACAACCUUUGAACCAGGACAAGAAACCAGCUUUACUUUACGUGUCUAUUCAACCAAGUUGAUCAAAUUAAAAUUACUUGACUGUAUACCUGCAGCUGUGAAACCAGCCAUUAUGAAGGCUCCACCAUCAUUUGAUAGUAAGGUCAGCUCAUAUGAAACUAUUUUCUUGCAACUGGCAGAUGAGCACAAGUCGGUGAAUGUAUUUGAACUUCAAGAACUACUAGAAGCGUGUCUUCCAAAUGAUUAUGUGAAAAGCUGUGCUAAUCUUGAAGUGUGUCGACAGAUGGUCCUCACUCUGGAUAAAGUCGGCAGUGGUCGAUUGAAGUUUACUGAUUACAAGAAUCUGAUGUGUAGCCUUAAGUAUUGGCAGACAACUUUCAAGAAUCAUACCAAAGGAACAACUGGAAUACUUAGAGCAGAGAGGCUCAAAGAAGCCCUGUUCGACAUAGGAUUUCAGUUGAACAUGGAGUCUCUCUCACUUCUUGUGUUUCAUUAUAUGAGAAAAGACGGAACAUUACGAUUUGGAGAUUUUGUGUCUUGUAUUUUACGGUUAUCAAUGGCAUUUGCGAUAUUUGAGAGGAAGGACCCAUUACAGAAUGGUUACAUCAAGCUUAACCUUUCAGAGUGGCUGAAAGUUUCUCUGCAGUACUGAAAAGAUUGAAGAAUCAGUGAUGUUUUACUCUACCUCAAGACUUAAUUAAUCUGCAAGAUGUAUCAGCGGCACUUCAAUGUAAUAUUAAUCUCUUGGCAUGUAAAUAACUUCAGAAAAACAGAUGUUAGUAAAUUACUUGUAAUUCUUAUAUAUUUAUGUAUAUUAUGCCAUAAGUUGGGAAACAAUAUCAUUCUUAUUAGUACAGUUGACAUUUAUUAAAAAUAUUGUCAUAGCAUAAUACAUUUAUAGGGAUGGAAAUAGUUUUUUUUAAAUCAGAAUUAUAAUUUGACUUGCUCAAAAUUUAACACAUUAAAAACUUGACUGUUAAUGUUUCUUGUUAUGCAUACAUAAUAAUUUUGCUGAUGUUAUAUUCUGUACUUGCUAAGGUUUUUUAAACUCUUGGGUUAAGAUAAAAGUAAAAAUUAAGUGAUAUUUUUGUGAAAGGUUUACUGUAACAAUAAUAUCAAUAUCUUCAUAUCAAAUCGCCCACCAGUGUCACAGUAGUAUGUCUGCAGACUUACAAUGCUAGAAACCGGGUUUCGAUACCUAUGGUAGGCAGAGCACAAAUAACCCUUUGUGUAGCUUUUUGAUUAACUACAAACAAACAAACCAUAUCAAAUCUUUGUUAGUAAUUUGUAGUGUUAAAUCCACAUUUAUCUAAACAUUUUUUAUUUCCUUUUUAUAUUGUGAUGAAAUAUAAAUUGCAUAUUAACUCUUAGAUACUACCAGAAAUCCUGCAAAAUCUAAUUUUUAUUUGCAGUUAUAUUUCAGUCAUCAUAUCAAAUCAUAUUUUGUAGUUUGAUAAUGUGCCUUGAUAUUAUAUAACUUAAAAAUAU